CCUAUUUAUAAGGCGCGUGAGCUCCAGCGCGCGCGCACGCACGCUCGAUUCCUGAAGCUUCCCGGGGGGGGGGUCGAGCCGCGGACUGUACCAAGUCCGGCGGGGGCCCCGAGCGGCCGAGGCCGACGGCCUCGCCGGUUGCAAGCUCCGCAGCCUGCGCCGGGGCCCUGAGCCCCUCUUCCCACCGACGGCCGUCAGGAAUGGGCCGUCCGGCCGCGCACGCGCCCUGAGCUCCACUCGCCCCUCGCGCGCCGGGGGCUCCCUGAACGCAGGCGCAGUGCCCGGGGCUUGUAGCCGCCACCGCCACCGCCACCGCCACCGCCACCGCCACCGAGCCCGAGCCGGGGCCGCCGGCGCCGCAUCCCUCUCUACCUGCCAACAUCCCGUGUUAGAAGAGUUUGUGGCUGGAGGUGUGACCGUGGGAGAGCUGGCCGGGGAGGGACCCUGCCCAGUCGCUGCUCUGCUCCUGUCUCUUGUCCCCUCCCCUGGCCAUGACAGAGACCCGUGAGCCCACUGAGACUGGAGGCUACGCCAGCUUGGAGGAAGAUGAUGAAGACCUUUCCCCAGAGCCCGACUCUGAGGAGGAGGAAGAGGAAGAGGAGGAAGAGGAGACCACUGACGACCCUGAAUAUGACCCUGGCUAUAAGGUGAAGCAGCGCAUAGGUGGGGGCAGGGGAGGCCCAUCCCGCCGGGCCCCCCGAGCAGCCCAGCCUGCUGGCCCACCUGCACAGCCCUGCCAGCUCUGUGGCCGAUCACCACUGGCAGAGGCCCCACCAGGUACCCCACCUUGCCGACUCUGCUGCCCUACAACAGCAACCCAGGAAGCCCCAGCCCCUGAAGGCAGGGCUCUUGGUGAGGAAGAAGAGGAGCCAUCUCGUACUGGGGAGAGCCGACCAGCAGGGCGGGAUGGAGAUGAAGACGAGGAGGAGGGGGGUACCUACCACUGUACAGAGUGUGAGGACUCCUUUGACAACCUCGGGGAGCUGCAUGGUCACUUCAUGCUGCAUGCCCGGGGUGAGGUUUAGGCAGGGCCCCCAGGGAGCUGGUGGGGGGGGUGGGAGCAGGGGCUGAGGAAGCUGGAGUGGGGCUGGGUUCCCACCCAUCUGUGUUGUCUUAGCAGUAAUGUGUGAAGGGCAGAAUAAAAGCCGGAUUCUGUGUGUGCUGA